ACGUUACCAAGCUAUGUAACAUAUCUUGACAACCAGGGAGCCACAUAGGCUCCUUGGAGUAAGAGUGUGAGAAACUGGAUGAAGACAGCUGUAUUAUUUUGAAAGCGUUCGAGAUUGGUCUGUCUCUACCAACUAAAAACUUCUAGCUUAAGUGCAGAGAUUUAAGGAGAUUAACAAAAACUCAGUCUAGACAUAUUAUGAGGCUGGGAGGGUAUCAACAGACUUGAGUUCCUGUCAGCAAGGUCACCUGCUUUUAAUACUGUCCUCAGGGUCUGAGCACAUCUGGAAGUGAGGUCAAUCAAGUUAGACCCCAAAAACUUUUGUGACAACAGUGGAGAGGGGAAAAUAAACACACCAUGAACAUGAACCUCAACACCCCAACAUCUGCUCUUCAGAUUGAGGGCAAAGGCAGCCAUAUUAUGGCUAGAAAUGUAAGCUGCUUUCUAGUCAGACACACCCCUCAUCCCAGAAGAGUCUGCCACAUCAAAGGCUUGAAUAACAUUCCAAUCUGUACUGUGAAUGAUGAUGAGAAUGCAUUUGGAACAUUGUGGGGAGGUGGCCAGUCUAACCACUUAGAGAAGAACAGAAUACCAUUUGCCAAGUGCAGUUACCCACCCAGCACUGCAGUCCCGGAGAGCCCUGUAAGAGGAGUGUCACCAGCCCCAAACAGUGCCAAAGUGCCUCCACGGCCUCAUUCUGAGCCCAGUAGAAAAAUUAAAGAGUGCUUCAAAACUUCCAGUGAGAAUCCCUUAGUAAUUAAAAAGGAAGAAAUUAAGGCCAAAAGUCCACCAUCACCUCCAAAGGCAUGCUCUACGCCUGGCUCCUGUUCUUCAGGGAUGACGAGUACCAAGAAUGAUGUGAAAGCAAACACCAUUUGCAUACCAAACUAUCUGGAUCAGGAAAUAAAAAUCCUGGCAAAGCUCUGUGACAUUUUGCAUACUGAUUCUCUGGCAGAAGUUUUACAGUGGCUACUUCAUGCAAGUUCAAAAGAAAAAGAAUGGGUCUCAGCUUUGAUUCAUUCUGAGCUUGCUGAGAUAAACCUGUUGACUCAUCACAGAAGAAACACCUCAAUGGAACCAGCACCAGAGACUGGGAAACCAACCACAGUUAAAUCACCACCCACAGUUAAAUUGCCCCAAAAUGUACUUGUAAAAUCAAAAGUGCUGACCAGAGAUACAGAAGGGCAUCAACCAAUCAGAGUGUCAAGUCAAGGAUCUGCAGAAAGCAAGGAAGUACCAAAAGAGGCUGAGCACAAGCCUCCAUCAUUUAUAAGAAGAAAUAAUAUGAAAAUACCUGUUGCAGAAUAUUUCAGCAAACCAAAGUCUCCUCCCAGGUCUAACACUCAGGAAAGUGGAUCAGCAAAACCAGUGUCAGCAAGGAGUAUACGAGAAUACAACCUCUGUCCCCAAAGAGCAGGUUAUCCGUCAACAUACCGAAGGUAGAAGUUCUAGACUGGGUGAAUUCUUUCAUGAAUACGAGCUUACCAUUUACAUCAUCGAAUUAUUUUUCAAAUGUAUAUUUUUGGUAUUGAGGAAUCAAGUGGUCCUCUUUAUGGUAGCACAUGUAAAUCUAAAAAUACCUGUAUGUAAUGCUACAAAUAAAUAUUACUGGAAAUGAUAUUUCCAUUUGUAGUUAA